CGUUGAUAUUCCACUCUUUCCUGAGCCUUGCUGCCCUCUUUUACCGUCAGCGGUUGAGGUUACAUGAUACCUGAAUGUCUGACAUGCACGACGUUUUCGUGUUACGGGUUGGCAUACAUAAUCUUAUAGUACCCGCAGUAUAAGAUGGACGCUGGAUGAGGGAGCUACAACAUAAAAGAUCAAGCUGCCCUCAACGUCAAUGGUGGUACCAAGCUUGACGAAACUUAUUCUUAAUUCGCAAGAGCGCUUCACCUAAUGGUGACGAUCGUACGAUGUGCGCUGUUGGUUAACAGCAGUUCAGCCCUAGCUGCAACAAAGUGUCGCCGACAGUUGUCCCCUGAGGGAUGGCUGGACGCCCUGGGGGAGCAUCUCCACAACUUAGCGCCCGUGCCACAGCUCAAAACCGUCUUGAUCCCUUGUUUCCCCGCAAAUGGAGCUUCGAGUACGCGUCCUGCGCCUAUGGCCCCGUUUACAUGGCGUUGCUAAGCUCCAUGGCCAUAGUUGCCAUCUUCCUGUGCGCAUACAGCGCUUCAACACUCCGCGCCUACCAGUUCGCAGAGGAUCGCGCAUACCAUAGAGGAGCCGACGUAAUCCACACCCUGGCGCAGUCUCGUCUGUCGCACUUCCCCACCAUCUCGGCCUUCCCGCCUGACCCCCCACCGGCCUCCAUGUACCCCUCGCCACCACCACCUCCCACACCACAACCGCCACCGCGACCAGUGCCUCCCGUCCUCCGGAAAGCACCGCCCAAGCCUCCAUCUUCCUCGCCACUACCACCUCCUCCUGACCCCGGCCGCUGGAGCACCACCAACAACAUCACUUCAGCUCUAGAUGGGCAUGGGGUCGUUGCGUAUGGCAAAUUCGUGUACUUGGUGGCUGGUACCAUUGGGAUCUCCCAACUGUUCCGGUACGACACGGAGACUGGGGAGAUGCAAGAACUGGCACCCUUGCUGGCCUACAGGUCCCAUUUUGCAGUGGCACUGGUGAACGCCAGUAUCUACGUCACUGGCGGCUCGGACUACUUCGGUCAACCGCUGUUCUGGCGCGCGGUAAACAGCGUAAUGGUGUACGACAUCAGCAGCAAUGUUUGGAGCUGGACUAGCAGCCUUAACAUCAAGCGCACAGGUUCCUGCAGUGCUGUCUUGGACGGCAAGGUCUACAUCAUCGGCGGCUAUGACGAUGCUGACAACUUCCUCUCCAGCGUGGAGCAGCUGGACCCCGCCACCGGGGUGUGGAGGCUGCUGCCGGACAGCAGCAACAUGGCCAGUGCGCGGGAACAUGCGCGGGCCGUGGCGGUGGGCAGCUACAUAUACGUGGCGGGGGGACAUGGGGAAGAUUACCCAGUCACCCUUGACAUUGUGGAGCGGUUCGACCCCUCCUCCGGAACCUGGUCCACCAUGGCCCCCAUGACCACGGCGCGCAGCGACUUUGGCAUUGCAACGGUGCCGGGCGGACGCAUCCUAGCGGCUGGAGGCGCCUGCGCGAACGCUGAGUGCAUCGUCGACGGACGGUUCAGCACUUGGAGCGAGGUGGAGGAGUACAGCGUGGUAGGCAACACUUGGGUGCGGAGGGCGCCGCUGCCGCAGCCGCUCUACAGAUUUGGCAUGGCCUGGGUGGCGGGAGGCGUGUAUGCCUUUGGUGGCUACAAUCCCGCCAAUGCGCUCGGGGAGUACACCGCCUCCAAGAGGGUGUACGUGUACAGCAAUACCCAGUACGGCAGAGAUGGGCAGCCGCCAGCAACCGCUGCAGCUCCUGACGCGCGCUAGUGCUGACCCGGCCGCUGUGCAGCUGGGCUGGGUGUAAGCAUGCAGACCGUGCUAGGGGUGUAAGCUGUGCAUGAGGACCCGCCAGCAGGCUGCCGCUGCCCGGGUUUGGUAGCGCGCGUGGCACAACCUAGGCGUUUGGCGCAAGCACGCAUGGGCGGUGUGUGCUGAGGUGAAGUUGAAGGAGGCUGCGAAGCACGAUUGAUGGGAGUAAUACCUGCUGCAGGUUGAACGUAGGUUUAGUGAUGCUGGAGCAGUCGGCGGCCCCUCCUUUGGUUCUUAUCCUUGACCGGUGAAACUAUGCGAUUAUUCAAGAACUACGGUCGCAAGUUAUAUGAAACUCAACUCGAACGUUCUGGGUAUCACCGCGAAUGAAUGACCGUUACAGUGACGAUCCCAACCGAAAGGUAAGGGCAGAUGACACCCAGCCCUACCCUGCAAGGGAAGGGGCAGUGCCCCGAUUGCAGCAGUGGCCGGAGUUGACGUCGUACUUGAUGCCAACGUGGCCUUGUAGGCAAGUCGCCACGCCCGGGAAGGUCCGUGUCACACUGCCUACUAAAACUUUAAAACGCGACAGGG